AAAAGCCGCUUUAAGAGCACGCUUCUCUUUGAGUUUGUUGCCAACCAGCUUUGAUUCUGCUUUGUACAAAUAUUCUGUUUAUUCUGUGUGUUGGAGACGAUGGCGUGGGCUUGUUUGAUAUUAUUUAUGUAAAUUGAGUCAAAAUCCAAAUUUCUUUAGAGAUUUGUAAAAGUUUUCUGGUGGAAUGCUUUUGUUUGUUUAAAAGUUUGCUUCUUUUUUAGGUAAAUCUGUGACGACGAGGAUAAACACGAACAAAAGAAGUGAAGAGCACUUUGAACUUUUUCAGGGAUUAACAAAAAUGUCAUCCAGUUGAUUUCGAGCUUCUUCUUUACCUUGAAUGGUAUUUAAGCAGUUUUAAAAUCUGCUAUAUGGUGAAAAAUUCUCAGCUGGAUUUUCUCUCAGGACAUUUCAGACAAACUGACCUUUUGUUGCACAAACAGCCCCAAAGAUCAUCUUUUCAUCCUACUAAACAAACAGACGUGAUGACCUGAAGGGAGGAGAGGUGUGGCCUUCGUGACAGCAGCCUGAGAGCACAGGGGGACUGACAGGCUUACCAUGGAUCCCAAGGAGGGCAGCGGGACUGAGAAGGAAAAGGAGAAAGUGAUCAGAAAGAGGCCCAGGCCGGUGUUCCUGCGCUACCUGGAGAGGAGAAAGACGGACACUAUAGUAGCUGAUGACACGGCCAAAGGUGACAUUAACCUGGGGACAUUGGUGAGGAGGAGUCAGUCUGACAAGACGGAGUACAGCGCCAAACUUAAAGAAAAACUGAUGCCAUGUGACCUGUCCACACUUCCCUCUCCCGUCAUGGACCUGGAGGAGGUCUGCUCUAAGAAGAUGAACCGCAGAGCGAAAGUGAUAAAGGAGCUCGUGCAAACGGAAAAGGACUACCUCACUGACUUGGAGCUGUGCAUCCGAGAAGUGGUCCAGCCUCUACGAAAUCUACAGGUUGUGGAUGUCGAUCGAAUUUUCACCAACAUGGAGACCGUGUGUGAGGUUUCUGCAGCACUUCUUCACAGACUGAAUGAGGCCAUGGCCGACCCUGACCCAGAAGCGGUUGUUAUAGGUGAAGUAUUCAUCCAGGCCAAGGCAGCUUUAGAAGAUGUGUAUAAGAUUUACUGUUAUCACCACGACGAUGCCAACAUGUCGCUCAAAUCCUACGAGAAAGACGAACAAAUCAAGCAGCAUUUCACUGCAUGUGUAUUAGCUCUAAAAAAAAUAUACGACAAAGAAUGUAAACCUAAUUUGUUGGAUAUGGGCUCCUUGAUCAUCAAACCCGUGCAGAGGAUCAUGAAGUACCCGCUGCUGCUCGGAGAGCUCUGGCAGGCCACACCAGAGGACCACCCCGACUAUCUUCCUCUGCAGGAGGCGCUGACCGCUGCUAAGAUCAUCAACGUCAACAUCAACGAGUUCAAGAGGAGAAAGGACAUAGUAAUGAAGUACAAAAGGUUAGAGGACGAAGGCACGCUAAGGGGCAAACUGAACAAGCUGAACAUCCACUCGAUCCGGAAGAAAGGAGACAGGUUUGCUGGUUACCUCAAGAUUCUCACCGGAGUCGAGUCCCAGGUGAGAGAUGAAGUGUUUGACAGAGAAGAGAAACUCUUCAGAAGUCUGGAGAAAGCAGUCAGGCUGCUGGCCAAAAACGUCCACUGCUACAUGCAGCACUCUCAGGAGAUGGUGUCUGUUGCUGUCCAGAACGCGAAGGAACUGGAAAACAUUAUCCUCGAUCCGAGUAAAAACGACACGAAUGGUUCAUCUCACAACAAUGGCAAUGAUCCUUAUAAGCACUUUAGAGACAGGAUGGAGCGUUUGGUCUUGGCCCCGUUGUCCAGCCUGCAGGGCAUGUUCACGGCCCCCCAGAAACUCAUCCAGAAGCGUUACGACAAACUGCUCGAUUACUGCAGCCGUCUCGAGCGAUCGUCCUCCUCUCUUUCUACAACUUCUGCCUCCUCUUCACCGUCAGAAGCCCCUCCUGGUCCUGCCAAGAGGGACUAUGAAGCUAUAAAUGCGUUGCUAGUGGAGGAGCUACAGAGGUUCAACAUGGCUGCUUAUAUCAUCCUGAGUAACUGUGUGUUGUGUUUGGUGACCCUGCUCAGAGCGCUGAUGGGUAAAGCGUUGGUUGGUGCUCCAUCUGUCCAUCAACUUCCGCCUCCAUUGUCCAACAUCGCUGAAGUGCAGAACAGCAUCAUGGAUGAGCUGAACAACCUGACGUUUGUCAAAGACAACGCUCAGAAGCUGAUUGAGCGAAAAGUCAGCUUUGAGAAACGAGAAAAGAAAACAGCAGUGCCAGAGGUGCAGCAUCAGACGGAGGAGCAGCGCUCCUGGCUUCUAUCAGAAUACCCGCUGAGCCGCCUUUACCAGCUAAAGAGGAAGUGCAAUGGCUGCCAGGAGCAGGACCUCAGCCUGCUGGAGGGAGAGCUGGUUGCUCUUUUGGAGGAAAAAGACCCACUGGGCAGCAGCAGUCGCUGGCUGGUUGACACUGGAGGUGCCCAAGGCUACAUCUACUCCACAUUCCUGAAACAGUACAACCCCCUGAGGGACUCCCAGCGGUCAAGCCAGAAGUCCAAUGAGCAGCAGCAACAGCAGCAGCAGCCGCCUCCUGCCAUGGCUGACGAAGACUUUGAUGACCUCAGCCUGUUUGUGUUAGGAAGCGGCAGCAGCAGCCUGUGGAGCGUUAGCCUCAAAACCAGCGACAGCAGCUCGACCCUCUCCAGUCUGCAGGGAGAGCUGGAGAGCGGAGAGGAGUCUGUGGAUCCGGUGGAAACAGACAGUCAGCAGUAUUAUGCGGUGUAUGCAUUUCAAGCCCGCUGCAACCAGGAGUUGUCCCUGCAGGAGUACCAGCACGUCCGCAUACUCAAGUUCUGUGACCUUGGAGGCAACAAAGAGUGGUGGUUAGCAGAGGCCAACGGGCAAAAAGGAUACGUUCCUGCUAACUACCUCGGCAGGAUGUCCUACGCUUAAACUCAGGACGUCAGGGUAAACCUUUCACACCACUUCGGGUACAAAGGCAGAAAAUUAUUCUGAAGGAAUGUGUUAUUUUUUCAGCAAAAAUUGCAACUGAAUAUUUAUUUUCAUGCAGAGACCAGUUUCUGGUUUUUGUUUGUAAAAUGUUAAUUUUGAAUUUCACACAUUUUUUCAAGGCUAUACAACCCACCCAGUGCGGUAGCUUUUCCACGCUAAUAUGUAAAGUAGGAUCUCAGGAGGUCCACAUUUCUGUUGAUGAUGACAAUUUGGGCUUAAAAAGUUUACAUCAUUACAUCACCGAUGACAGUUUUGAACAGUGUGGUGAUAAUAAGCACACCAGGCUAUUUAAAUAGGAUCCACAAAUGUUAAAAAUAUAAAAUUAGAAUGGCUUGAAUGACAAGACAAAUUUUCCAAAUUCUGCUGUUAGACACACACCUAUCACCAAAAACAUACCUUUAUUUUAAAUAUCUGUGGUUCCAGUUUGUGUUUGGUCUGUUUGUUUUGUACAUUUAGAUGUGUUGAUUGUUAUCUUUUGUAAAAGCUGUGAUUUUGCAUUCAGCGGUUCUUAAAAGGAGAAAGAAGGAAGAGUUGCAAUCCCAUAAUCACAUGUGAACGCACCAGUGAAGGAGACAUUGCUUGGUGUGUGUGUGUGUGUGUGUGUGUGUGUGUGUGUGUGUGUGUGUGUGUGUGUGUGUGUGUGUUCUCCAUCCCCAGUGAGUCGUGGAGGAUGCUGCUUAUACUGAGCCAGGAUUCUCUGGAGGUUUCUUCCUGUUAAAAGGGAGUUUUCCUCUCCACUGUCGCUAAAUGCUUUCUUAGUAUGAGGAUUGCUGUAUAGUCACUGACACUAGUCAGUGACUUGAUGCAAUUUGCUGGGUUCCUUAUAUAGGAAACAUUUUUUUUCUGAUUGGCUUAAUGAACUGACCUGAAUUGGAAAGUUUAUUAUGUGAAGUGCCUUGAGACGACUCUUGUCGUGAUUUGGCGCUUUAUAAAUAAAUUGAAUUGAAUUGUUGCAAUAACAAUGUUGAAGAAAAUAUGGAAAGAUUAAGGAUAGAGGAUUCUGCCUAACAAGUCAUUUUUAUUUGACUUAUAUGAAGUAAAUGUGUUUGUUACCAUUAACAUUUUCAAUAAUGGUUUCAACGAGACGCUCGGUUCUUAUUAAAAUUCCCCCGUUUCUCGUUUUUAAUUAGCUUUAUUAAUUACAAAGCUGAUCAACAAGGGUUCUUUAAGAAUGGAUUCGUUUUUGCCUCAAGUUUUAUUAUCUACGUCAAAUUAGAAAUAAACAUUUUAAGAUUUAUUGGAAAAAUUAUGAGUUCCUUUCAAUUAUCUUUGAAUUUAGACGAUUCAGAUGAGCUUCUUUCAGGUAGGGCUGGACGAUAUAGAAAAAAAGCCUAUUGAUAAAAAUGUAGAAAACAUAUUUUAAGUGCGUCCCUGGUCAUUUGAGGUCAUUAACUUAUGAAAAAACAAGCUGGUUGUGUUACCAAACAGGAUUUUUAAUCGAUUCUCUGCAGAUUUUUCUAUUGACCAUGGUGUCUUUGUUUUCAGACUUGUAAAAACCAAAUUAUUGCCGUGGUAGUGGAGUACUGUAAACUUGCUGUCUGUUUGGUUUGAGAGGGGCGGGGCUUGGUGACGAGCGUGCCUGGGUCUGUGUUUUGAUUGGUUGGGAGUAAGUACUGACUCUAGUUCGACGCUACCUGAUAGGCUAUAAUAAAAAAAGAAAGGAAACUUUUAAUUGACCAAUUUUUUCUCAUCGCGCCGUACGUCUAUCGAUCUAUAUAUUUCAUUAUCGAAUUAUUGUCCAGCCCUACUUUCAGGAUUAAAACGUGCCUUUCAUUACAACACUUGGUUUGUGAAUAUAAAACUGACCUUCUCCUAAUGUUAUUAUAUGGUCUCAUGUCGAUUGUGAAGCUGUUUAGUUUUUACAUGAAUGUUUCCAAUGAUUUGGUAUGAAUGUAGGUGAAAUAACCCUCGUCUCAAAUGCCAGUGCACUUUCCUGAGCACUUUUUGUACUUCAGUGUUGUUUAUAUCAAUGAAGUGAUGCAAUCAUGAAGAUAAUCUAAUAUGUGAACUGAUUCAUAGAGAUUUUAUAAGUGUGAUUACAAAUAUGAGAAGAUUUAUAUAAAAGUUUUCUAUAAAAACAUACGUUUAUUCUGUAUUUAUCCUGACAAAUGUCUAUCGGUUACAUCAUCAAUAAACUCAACUUUUGUGAUGUGA